AUGUCCACCCGGAAGGUGCGAGUGAAAAAGCUCAGCGUCAAGACGCUCCUCCCUAUCCUCAGGGAAGACGACAUCGACCCCAGCGAAUAUGAGUCUUUGACCACCGAAACCCAGAUCGCUACUGGCGUCGAAGCCGCCGAGGAAACCGAAUACCACUUGCAGUCCAUCCUCAAGGAGGCCGGCACAAGCAAUGACCAGGAAAUUCCUGUUCCGCCUCCCCAGGAGAGCGACAUCAACUAUGACCAGCUCUACCCAGGGCACCACCAGCUCCCCAACUCCUACAUCCGCUUCUCGCAGACUGUGGAGGAGAGCAUUGGUGUGGCGUAUGACAUGACUACAGAGGACGACGAGUACCUGAAGAAGUACAACAGUAAUAGAAAGGGUGCGGGCCAGCUCUCCGAAGAUGACUUUGAAAAGAUCAUGGACGUCUUCGAGGAGAUGGCCUCCGAGCACGCACCCUUUGCCUCCAUAGACAACACCGUCGUUGGCUACGACAUGAUGGUGCAACCUCUGCAGCAGCUCGGAUCGACCAAGUUCAUGAACCACGCGAAGCAGGUCUAUGAAUAUUGGAAGACCCGUCGGCAGGAAUCUGCCAACAAACCGCUGCACCCGACCCUGAAGUUUGAGACUCACCAAGACAGCGAUGAUACGGACCCCUACGUCUGCUUCAGGCGACGUGAGGCCCGUCAGACGCGCAAGACGAGGCAACGAGAUGUCCAGAGCGCCGAGAAGCUCAAGAGGUUACGCAAGGAGCUAGAGGAUGGUCGUCAGCUUGUGAUCCUCUCCUACGAGAGAGAGGUACAGAAGCGCGAGUUCUUGAACCUAGAGCGCAUGAUCUUUGAGCAGCGUGCUAAGCUCAAGGAGAUGAAGCUUAAACUGGGUAUCAAGGGCGAAGAUGACGACCUCUUCAACAACAAGCCGCAGAAGAGGAAGGCAGCAGAUGCGCCGACACUGCAGCGCCCUCCUGGAAGUGCCAUGCGCAUGGCUGUCCGACCAGAUGGUCGGACUAUGGAGGCCGAUCUCGUCCAGCUUGCAGACAAGCUGUUGGAGAAGGAGAACGAGCUUCGUGCAGACGUGGAACAGAAGGUUCAGACACACCGCAAGUGGAACCAAAACCACAUCGAUCUCACACGCGGCCCCUUGUCCCCUGUCAGGGAUGAGGGCAUGGAAGUGAGCUUCCGACCCGCCAAGACGCAGUAUCUCAUGACGCCUCCCGCGUCCACAUCGGAAGACUCCGAUGCCAUGGACGUGGACGAUGAGCCUGCACCGGCGGCAGAUAAACGUGACAUGGCCAUGUUCCGCUUCACGGCAGGCGGCGGCGGCGGUGGCGGCAAGGAAAAGCCACCAACACAGCAGCCGGCGUUCCGUCGGCGCAUUGGCCGCCUGAACCGCCUGUGGAUCGACCGUCGUGGAUUGGCGUCACCGCCGAGAGAAGAUGAUGAUGCCUCGGACCGGUGGAAAUAUGACCAGGAUGACGACGAGGACCCUCCUGUGUACGAGGUUGAUCCGUUCGAUACUCGUGCGUUAAAGUUCCGAGCAACAAUUCCUCUCUCGCCGUUCAUCUUCCCACGUCGACCGGUGGGGCCGGCAGAAGGAGGUGCGAAUGGGUCGCAGGGUGCGGGAGCGAAUGGGAACAGACCAGCGCUUCCACAACCACCACCGCAGCCCAACGCGCCAUCGCAACAGGCUCCGCAGGCUUCGGCCACCCCGCAACAAGCUCGAGCGACGUCUUGA